UUAAACGUCAUCAGCAUUAAAGACAAUUGGAAAAUUACAAUGUUUUACAAGUUUUAACUACUAAAAAUGUCGAAUAACUCUACUGAAAAGGAAGAAUCCUCCACUUUCGACUGCAAGGAUAUAGAAAGUAAUGAGUUCUUCCGUGCGUUUCUCACCGAUCAGCCGGAAGCCCGGGCCGACCUGGCGGUUACGAUGACCAUCGCGGAACAGAUAGCCAGACUGUCGGACGGUAUGGAGCAGAUUUCGACCAGAAUACAGACGCAAGUGCGCGACCAGUACGGUACGUUGCUAUCGCAGGCGAAUCAUGCCGGCCAUCUGAACGCCUCGAUCGGUUCCAUUUCGGAGCAGAUCGAAGCCCUGCGCGACGGAGCCGAUCGUCUUAAAAAGCUGAUAAAUGGCCCCUACGAGCAGCUGGAAACGCAAACCAAAAUACUUGGUCGACUACACGAAACAUCGCAUUUACUUCGUCAGAGCAGCCGAUUUUUGCAGAUUUACAAAGGAUUGGAGAAAGCCGCUAAGCUGCCAGAUCAGGCUAGCAUCGUGUACGAGCUGGAGUGUCUGAUGGAAGAUGUAGAGCUGGGUAAAUUGGAUUUUUUGAAGGAAGAAAUUGCCAAUGUUGCUGUCGUAAAAGCGCGCCUCCUGCAGGUGGCUAAUCGUGAUUUGUUCGACAGUAUUGAGAAUGCUAAAGAAGAUGAAACCAAGGAAUGCUUACUGAUUUGUUUGAACAUGAAAACCUUGGACAAAUGUUUGAAUAACAUACUGGAAACGUAUCAACGGUACAUAAACGAUUCAAUCAGAGAAUGCUAUACGGCAUCGGACGUUGCUAAAAGUGGUAAAACCAGCUCAGCCAGCGGUUCAAGUAAGGACAAAAUGGAACGUUCUCAACCCAAGGGGCCCGGUAAAGCCCCUGCUCUGACCAGUUCGGCAAAUUUCCGCAGCAAGCUGUGGCAAGCCUUGGAGUGGUUGUUUUUGGACGAAUUCAACAGCUAUUGCCAGCAAAUUUCCUUCCUCCAGCGUUGUUUGCUCGAACUGCCUAUAACGGAAGAAUUCACGGGCGCGGCCAAAACGAUUAGCAAACAAUUCUGGGAUCAGCUUCAGAACCAAUUGAUCGAUUCUUUCGCUAGCGCACAGCCCCACGUGCAGCAGGCCCUUCAGCAGGGUCUUCCCAAGCUACUGUCGGUGGCCCGGGGUCUGGAACGUAACAUGGACAAUGCUUUCGUCUUCGACGAAAAUGUUUUCGUUUCAUUGGAAGCUGGCUAUUUGGAGAAAUGUGCAAACAACCUAAAGGCGGUUCUGAUUGACAUUGAUUUCCCCAAUCAGGAAGUCAUUGAUUCCCUAGUGCGCGCCGCCUCAAACGAACUAAAUGCGGCAAUAGUGGAUGAUCGACUAACAACGUUGGUUACCGGCGUGAUUUGCGUAUCCAGUAAGGACCUCUGGAACCGCAUUGAGCGAAACGUGAAAUUGGGAGGCGAUACACAGCAAGUCUUAGAUAAUCCAAACGCUGCUCAAUCGCAAAACAUUACGCUGGCCAAUGUGGUUCACUAUCACCAUCAAGCCGUUACACGGUUGAUUCAGAUUUUGGGAGCAAAAUUCUCCAGCUCGGAAUCGGCCGUCAAGCUGAGGCAAAGCCUCAGCGAAGGCCGAACCAUCACGCUGGCUAUCAUCCAACAAUUGAUUGCCUCGAUCCAUUCGGCCGUGAACAUAAUUCUACUGAGCAUGCAUCGUGAGCCUGGCUUAAAUACGACCACAAUUUCAACGGCCGGUCCUUCGUUCUACAUGAAAGAGUUGCACGAUUUUCUGCACCGUUCGUGGAAUUGCCAUAUUGUGCCCUUUGCCGAUAAGUCUAUAGUGGAAGAGUGCGGGCAAAAUUUGGCUGUCCGCUGCGUUGAGUUGUUCGUUCAGAAUGCAGCAAUCGUUCGUCCAAUCUCGCAUGCCGGCCGGCAGAGGCUUCGAUCGGAUUCGCACCAUCUAGAGGUGGCAUUGAAACCAGUUGUUCCGGACCUAACGGUGCUAGGUAAAAGUCUCCGUCUGCUGAGGGCGAUGUCCUCGUUGCUUGUGGUAUCCGCUGAAGAGUUGGUAAAGCAAACCUCCGAAAGAGGGGGAAGUGUACCGGCGUACAUUGUACUCUUUAUGCUUUUUGGAUACGCGGGACCUGAGCUGGCGAGUCCGCACAUAACUGCUGGUUGGUCGAAUGAAAAGCUUAUCCAAUGGUUGGAAUCACAUUCGUCCGAUUCGGACCGAUUGGAGUUGAUUACGGGUGCACUUCAACGGUACCGGGCUGUCGUGCGACAGAAGAAUAUUACCCAGUACGACGUUGUUUACCCGUUACUGACAAGUUAUCUGGAAGGCGCCAUCAAGGGAUUCAAUGGCGAGGAGACUGGAUGAAUGUAAGUAAUUUACUGAAAUCAUUGACAGUUAAUAAUAUUAAUAUAUGCU